AUGCGACGAUGGUUUUCCAAAUUGGGUUCAACUUCCCUGGCUAGCACAUCACGGGUAACUGCUUUCUCUUCUUCUGAGUCAGCAGCAGUGGAACAACUUGCUGAUUCAUCUAUUCCUCCACCAAUAACACCGUUCAUCAUUGCGAAGCCGGAUAUCCAUUGGAAUGUCGAUUUUGCAUCUGAUCCAUGCUCAUGGGAAAGUUGUUUUGAUGCACAUUGGGAAGCAGCCGAAAAGUUGCUUGAAAAUGAAGAGGAGAUAAGCUACGAGAAAGUGAUAACUGUAUUCCAACACUUAAAUUGCACGGUGCAGUUGUUAAUGAUGGAAGCAAAUGCUCAGCCAGAAUCUGCUAUUGGCUCCAUAUUGGAUCGUCAUUUUACUCACCAAAUUAUGGAACGAGUAGUUGACUGGGCCAUUGCUGCUCCACAUUUUUUAACACCAACAUGUCAGGUUAAUAUGAUUGGUCUUUAUGAAGUCAUUGUUGGAGAAAGUCAUACACAGAAUCACUGCUUGUUGGUGCACAAGCCGAUGUUACUUCCGUUGCUGAAAUUGCUGGAUUGGUGUAGAAAGAGUGCAGAAAAGAGAAAUUUCACUCCAUCUAAUACGGAUAGACAUUUCGUCUUACUUUUAAACCAGAUUUGCACAAAACUAGCGGAAGAUACGACGUUGUUGCAUUUCUUUUUUGAUUUUGAUGAUGAUUGUGAUGAGCAGUUUUUGGUAUUUAGCUUGCUGAUUCCAUAUCUGUAUGAUUCCGGUGAAGUAGGACAGUUAGCACGCGAUGCAUUACUUCUUAUACUUUCCGUCUCACGACGAUUGAAACGUGUUGCUACAUUUAUCGCUGUAAAGUCAAAUUUUUGUCCGGUGGUUGCAACAGGUCUUUCGGGUUGCUUUUCCCAAUUAUCACGCUCAUUUGGUUCAAUGCUAUAUGUAAGUGACAGCUGGCAUAAGAUAAAUGCCGAUGAUAUCGAUUCUUAUUCCAGCUUAUUGGAUUUCCAUUCGUCAUUAAUUUUCUGUAAUGCUGUUAUACAGGUUGCUCAUGGUUAUGUUGUGUCACAGGUCAUUAGGUAUGUCUAUCACGGGUUUUUGCUUCCUGUCGUUCUACCUUCAUUGCUUCAGGGUGGGCAAGAUGAGCUUAUCUCAUCAACAGCCUAUUAUCAUCUUUGUUUGGAUAGUGUCACUGAGACAGUACUUGUACAAACAAUUGUAAAAUUGCUUCUUAAUGAAAGCUGCGAAAGUAACAAAACGGUGCUUGACGUUAUCGUAGAAAGGAUAUCUGCCGGAAAUCGCCUGAGCCAAGUUAGUUUAUCGUUGGUAAGAACGCUGAUUGAUUUACGGUGCGAAGACAUCAUGUUCGAUCUCGUUUUCAAAUAUCUUCUGCCUUGUACAUUCCUACAACCUAACCAAACGCUUCAUUUGAAGAAUCAAAUGUAUGUAAGGACUGCUGCUCAGACUUUAUUAACGUUUGUUCCUGAAUGUACAUAUAAAUCUUCAGCACUGUGUUCCCAAGAAACUCUUCAUAUUUAUCUCUCUGAAUGUCGAAAUUAUGUGCAAGAAACAACAGACGCCUGUUGUGAAAAGUGGGUUUGGAGUUAUGAUGGUCGCAGUCCAUUUUUUAUGCCAAAGAUAAAUUCAGACGAAGAAAGUGCGACUAAUUCCAAUGGAGCUUUUGUUCGACAUUCUUCAGUACGUUCAUCAAUGGCCUCAGCGCGAAAUGGUUUGAAUCGGUAUUUCGUGAGCCGAAAUGCUCACAUUACUGCUGAUAGUUUACGUCAACAUACUCCACCACCGGAGCUGGGAGAACAGGAAUCGUCAUCAAGAAGUAGCUUUCCAUACGAUAUAGCAGAUUCAUCAUUAGUUUUGGAUGAUGAAGGCGACGAACUUAUUAUACCAGCUUUAACACCCACAUCACUUAUGAUGAUGACGUCAUCAAGUGAUUAUUUUCAAUUUGCAUACGGAGAAUUAUCGGAAACUGACACAGAGGCGAUCAAUCCCAGCGUGGUCAGUAUGAGUGGAGCGCCAGCACAAUCAAUUUCGGACAAAGCAAGUUUGGCAAGCACAAGUGCAAAUUGUGAUACUGAUAUUGAAAUGGCACGAUCGUUCGUUCUGAGAGGAUGGGGACAAAUUGAGGAUACGGAUACUUUUAUGGCAUUAAUGGACAGAGUACCGGCAUCGAAAAUAAAGCAUUCUUUGGAGGAAAAUAUGGCUUUAAUUGAUUCGCGAAUUCAAUAUCUUGAGGAAUUGAAAGCUGAAGCCAAACUGCAAGAUUUGGAAAGUGAUGGAUUUAAAAGUGAUACAAAUAACGACAACGAUGAUGAAGAUCCUGCACCAUUAGGGAAGCCGAUCGAAUGUUUUGGAAAUCAAGGUGUCGGACCCUUCCUUGAAUCUAUAAUGCGUUCCUUGGAGAAUAUGCUGGAUAAUUCGUUAUAUGUGACACUACAAACAACAUCGGUAUUAGCAGCACUUGCAUCAUAUCCUCAGCCACUCAUUGCUCAUUAUUUGUUUGAUCAGCGCAUGCUUUUGCAGCCUAAUGUGAAAAAUCUUUUUAAGGUUAUGGAUUCGCUAAAAACGCAGAUUGAUGCAUAUGCAUCAUCACUCGAUGGUUUUGAUGUUUUGCUGGAACGAGGGAUUAAAUUUCUGCGAUCAAGGGCUGAACGCUAUGAGAAAGUUGUGGAAAGUAGUCGGCGUUUACGAUCUUCUGAAUCCUUUUCACGAAACGGCAACAUGGAAGGGAGGAGUUCUUCGAGAGGUUUAUUUAAUAGAUUCAGAUCUUCCAACAAUAAGCGCCUCUAUCCCAGUAACGAUUCUUCUCAUCCACAUGAAUUUCGCAUUUAUACACACAAAGCAAUUGAAAGCCGUGAUGUAACGUUGGAUCAUGCUCGAGCAAAGCAGUUUGUUUUCGCAGCUAUCAUACUGUCGCAGUUUUGCCAGGAAUUGGCUGCUACGGUACUGCAACAUUCCACCGUUGUACCGCGGCCAAAAGGUGCUCGUGAUUCUUCACUUUAG